AGUGUUCCCUUUAUUUUUUUGAGCAGUGUAUUUAAUCUAGUCACUUUUCCAGCAUAAACAUAGUACAUACUCACGUCUGCUUAGAUUUUGUGUGUAUUAAGGAACUGGGGCACAACUACUGGCAUAACACAGGCAACGAAAAGAUGCUAUUAGUGGGGAAAAAUAGGAUUGUGUGUUUUCGUGUUUUUGUUGAGCCAGACUUUUAGUUUGCUGCAUCAAUUUUGUCCUCUUCUGUCUCUUGUGAGGCCCCCAAUUUUCUGUAAGUCCAAUAUUUCAUUGGAGUAACCCUUUUAAUCAACUUUAUGCCAAUAAUACUAACAUUAUUCUUCAUCACCAUUUAAUUGGCAGAGUAUUAUCUAGAUUGAUUCAUCUUUUAGGUCGAUAAAAUGGUGAAAAAUCCUGAUCACUGUCUUCUAAAGGCCAAGGUUACAAAUACAACAUGCUUGUUUGAUCUGACCAACAGUCCAUAGCCCAAAGAUAUUCAGUUUACUAUCACAAAAGACAAAGAAAAGCUACAACUCCUAACAAUUGUCAAUUAAGCAAAUAAUUGUUUCAGGUCAACCUUAGUCUUCAUCCACUGAAACAUACAUUGCUCCAAUUUCAAAUGUUGAAAUUUUGCAGAAAUAAUUGCUGUCUAACACGUUACACCAAAAUCUACCCACAGGUGCUCAGUUUGGUUGAGAUCUGGUGACUGAAGGCUGUAGCUUUCACAUCCUUUUCAUACUCAUCAAACCAUUCAUUGAGCCCUCGUUCCCUGUACGGAAGCAUCUGCAUUUUUUUAUGGUUCUUCACUCACUGAUCCAGAUUUUUCCUUCAGUUUGUCACUCAUCUAUGUGUGCCAGAUUUCAUAUAGAAUUCAAUCAACUAUUACUACUACAACACAUCCAUCCACAAGUCUUGAAUGUUUUACAACCGGAAACGUAUCAUACUCUUGGGCAGCUUCUGAUACAAAUCGGAGAAAGUAAUCCAGGUAGAGCUGGAAUGAUUAGCUGAUUAAUCAAUACUUGAUUGACUGCCCGAAGAAUAAUUGGAACAAAGGCUCCCUUCAAUUUGAGGAUAAAUGGGACCUGAUGCGUCCCAUAGUUUUGAAGCUGCUACGGCAGGAGUCGGUCACCAAACAACAGUGGUUUGACCUGUUCUCAGACGUCCAUGCUGUAUGUCUGUGGGAUGACAAAGGUCCAGCUAAGAUCCACCAGGCCCUCAAAGACGACAUCCUUGAUUUCAUCAAACAAGCACAGGCACGGGUGUUGAGUCACCAGGAUGACACGGCGUUGCUGAAGGCCUAUAUUGUGGAGUGGAGGAAGUUUUUCACACAGUGUGACAUCUUGCCCAAGCCCUUCUGUCAGCUGGAAAUCACACUGAUGGGCAAACAAGGAAGCAACAAGAAGUCCAACGUGGAGGACAGCAUAGUGCGCAAGCUGAUGCUAGACACGUGGAACGAGUCCAUCUUCUCCAACAUUAAAAACAGGCUACAGGAUAGCGCCAUGAAGCUUGUCCACGCUGAGAGGCUGGGAGAGGCCUUUGACUCCCAGCUGGUCAUCGGAGUGCGGGAGUCUUACGUGAACCUGUGCUCCAACCCUGAUGACAAGCUGCAAAUCUACAGGGACAACUUUGAGAAAGCAUAUAUGGAUUCUACUGAGAGGUUCUACAGAACACAAGCACCCGCCUACCUCCAGCAAAAUGGGGUCCAAAACUACAUGAAAUAUGCGGACUCAAAGCUGAGGGAAGAGGAGAAACGUGCACUGAGAUACCUGGAGACGAGACGUGACUGUAAUUCUGUACAGGCAUUAAUGGAGUGUUGCGUCAAUGCACUGGUAACAUCAUUCAAGGAGACCAUCUUAGCCGAGUGUCCAGGCAUGAUCAAACGAAAUGAGACAGAGAGUGAGUACGGCAGGACUGCUCCCACCAAAGGCACAGCCAGCUCAGAGUUGCAUCUGAUGUUCUCUCUUAUGGACAAAGUGCCCAGCGGCAUCGAACCUAUGUUGAAGGACCUGGAGGAGCACAUCAUGAGCGCUGGCCUGGCUGAUAUGGUGGCCUCAGCAGAGACGAUCACCUCUGACUCAGAGAAAUAUGUGGAGCAGCUGCUCACCUUGUUUAACCGUUUUAGUCGUCUGGUGAAAGAGGCCUUUCAGGACGACCCACGCUUCCUGACAGCGAGAGACAAAGCAUAUAAAGCUGUUGUGAAUGAUGCCACUAUAUUUAAAUUAGAACUUCCAUUGAAACAGAAAGGGGUAGGUCUGAAAACUCAACCAGAGUCCAAGUGUCCAGAGCUGCUGGCCAACUACUGUGAUAUGCUCUUGAGGAAGACCCCACUGAGCAAGAAGCUCACAUCUGAGGAGAUUGAGGCCAAGCUCAAGGAAGUGCUUUUAGUGCUGAAAUAUGUCCAGAACAAAGACGUGUUCAUGCGCUACCACAAAGCCCACCUGACCCGUCGACUCAUCCUGGACAUCUCAGCAGACAGCGAGAUCGAGGAGAACAUGGUGGAGUGGCUCCGGGAAGUAGGAAUGCCUGCUGACUAUGUCAACAAGCUGGCCAGGAUGUUUCAAGACAUCAAGGUGUCAGAGGACCUCAACCAGUCUUUCAAAGAGAUGCACAAACAUAACAAGCUCGCUUUACCAGCUGACUCGGUCAACAUAAAGAUCCUGAACGCUGGAGCGUGGUCGAGGAGCAGCGAGAAGGUUUUCGUCUCUCUACCUACAGAGCUGGAAGAUUUGAUACCAGAGGUAGAAGACUUCUAUAAGAAGAACCACAGUGGCAGGAAGCUUCACUGGCAUCACCUCAUGUCCAACGGCAUUAUAACGUUUAAGAACGAGGUGGGACAGUAUGACCUGGAGGUGACCACCUUCCAGCUGGCUGUGCUGUUUGCCUGGAACCAGAGGCCCAGGGAAAGGAUCAGCUUUGAAAACCUCAAGCUAGCAACUGAGCUGCCGGACGCCGAGCUGCGACGCACACUCUGGUCUCUGGUGGCGUUUCCUAAACUCAAGCGGCAGGUGUUGUCGUACGACCCAGUGGUGUCUUCACCAAAAGACUUUGCAGAAGGAACACUAUUCUACGUCAACCAGGAGUUUUCUCUCAUAAAAAACUCAAAGGUUCAGAAAAGGGGGAAGAUUAACCUGAUUGGUCGGCUGCAGCUCACCACAGAACGAAUGAGAGAGGAGGAGAACGAAGGCAUCGUCCAGCUCAGGAUACUAAGAACACAGGAGGCCAUAAUCCAGAUCAUGAAGAUGAGGAAGCGCAUUAACAAUGCUCAGCUACAGACGGAGCUGGUGGAGAUCCUAAAGAACAUGUUUUUACCUCAGAAGAAGAUGAUCAAGGAGCAGAUCGAGUGGCUGAUAGAUCACAAGUACAUAAAGCGGGAUGAGACCGAUAUAAACACCUUCAUCUACAUGGCAUAGCACAGCACAUUAGGAUGACUCGUGUUGACUUUGGUUUCAGUGGAUCAGGCCUGAUGGACACUAGGAUACUUCCAGGCUCCCCGUCCUCUUAUUUAAAAACAAAAAUCUAAUCCUGUGCAGGGAGGCAUGAAUUAAAGACUGAGACCUACCUAUUUAAAAAUAAGUGGAACUUCCUGCCUUAAAGUUGUACAAAGAAAAAAAGGAGAAUGCAGCAGUUGCAGUGGGAGUCUUCACCAAGUGGUUAUAACUGUUUUUAGUUGGAGGGAGUUUCCUUGCUGUCCAGAUGAGGCUGUUAAUUGUUAAUGGUCUGUUUUUGAUGCCAUGGUGUGUCAUCUGGGCAGCUACUACAACACUCAAUGCUCAUGCUAGUCUAAAAGGCAUGCUGACAGGAAAAGCUGAGGAACUUUGGAUCUCAAAAUAUCUGCAGUCCAGUUUUAAUCCACGUCAAACCCAGACCAUCGGAACAUUGAACAAAACGCCGUCCUCUUCGCUCAAAGGCGAUGCUGCUUUAACCAAGCUACUUGGUUUGCUGCGGGGGCCCUGAUGCUGUCUUGGCUCUCUGCAGUCAUAGCUAAAGUGAUCAAACACUCAAUCCGGACAUUCAGUGUGUGUAAAGAGCCAGAUAAGCACUUCACAGUUUGCAGGACUGAACCAGACGUAGAGCCAGCUCCAACUUCAUCAAGCCCUGGGUAAAAAGGAGAAUGUGGAGCAAAAAUCAUAUUUCUAUAAUCCAGAAUAAUUUCCCUCUACCAAAUGUACCCAGGGACAGAGGUGAUGUUAGAGUCACACCGGGAUUUCAGCUCGUGUUUCUGACAGCUCUCUUUUCUGCAGGAAACAUGGGAGAAGAGGCUGAGGUCAGUAUUACACAUGGUAAAAUACUACAGCUCAAAGCUAGGAGAGUACCAUGAGAUGUGAAUAAUGAAAUGAUUAAAUAAACAGCACCUUAUUAUUAAACAAUA